AUGCGGGGCACGGCUGAAUCAACAAACGAGAGUCCUAGGAAGCCAAGACAUUUGAUCGACAGCGAGGUUCACGCUGAGCCGAUAGAUCCUGGCGAUGCGGAAGACGAGUUUAUCAACGUCGAGUGCAAUCAGGCAUUACGUCUUAUUGACAGGUUUAAGCUAGCCCGAUUAAGACUCAAGACUGAGAAUGAAACCGGGAUGCAAGUGGGCGUCCAGGGCAUCGCCGCGCUCCACCCUCGCGCAAACCUCCGAAGCCGCGAGCCGUCUAAGGCUCCAUCUGACUUCCAUGUCCGGAUCGUCUAA